CGCAAGUAGGGUGGCCCUCCUUCUGUAGAAUACUUAUCAUUUCUUUCAAAGUAGACAAGGAAGCUAUAAUAAGAAACCACUUUUCUUGCACAACAUGAAAUGAAAAAGAAUUUGCAAGCUCAGAAAAUUAAUAAUACAGCUGAAGGAUGUUGGUUUAAAUGAAGAGCCAGGAAAUAAAAUCUUCAGCUGUGCUCUGGCUUAAUUGGUAGUGACUCUCGAUCCUGAGUCAGAAUCAAGGCUGGCAUUCCAGCACUAAGAAAGUGCUGCAGUCAGAGAUACCGUCUUUCAGAAGGCAUUCUGCUUGAAUCAGACUCGGUCAUUUAAUCAGCAAGGACUUGGAUAGCUAUCAAAGCCUUUAACUUAAAUGAGUAUAACAACAGAUUCAAGGGAAAUUGCAAUGCCACAGGAACUUGGAGCUGCUGAGGAGCCCGUUAAUUGCCCCCCCACUCCAAAAUAUACAGAUGGUGGCUACGGAUGGGUUAUUUUAGCAUCGUGCUUCAUUAUAACUGGGCUAUCAGCAUCCUUUGUGAAAAUAUUUGGAAUCAUUUUCCUUGACAUCCAGGUGUACUUCAACGUAUUUGCCUUUAAGGUUUCCUGGAUCACUGCGAUCACUGUGGCCGUGUUUCAUAUGUGUUCCCCGGUAGCCAGUGCUCUCAGUCUCCUGCUGUCACACAGGAAUGUCAUCAUCAUCGGUGGCAUACUGUCCUCAUUGGGGCUACUGCUUGGAUCCUUUGGCUUCAGUCUGUUGGCAAUGUAUCUCACAACAGGUUUUCUCACAGGUUUAGGUAAUGGAUUUGCUUGGAUCCCCUCAGUAAGUCUGGUCACCCAAUACUUCACAGAACGGAGGCCAUUGGCCAACGCCCUUGCCAGUUGUGGAGAAUGUGUCUUCACCUUCAUCUUCACACCAUUCUACCAGUGGCUUGUCGAUCUAAUGUCAUGGCGGCAAGCAAUGAUGAUCAUUGCUGGUAUCCAGCUGAAUCUUUGUGUCUGUGGAGCUCUGAUGAGACCGUAUCAGCCACAGAGGAAAUGCCUGAAUUCUACAACAUCAUCUGCCUCAACCUCUCAGAGAGCUUUGUGUAGCACAGGUCCAGAGUAUAAGAAGAACUUCACUAAUUUUUUUGAUUUGUCCCUUCUGAAACAACCAAAGUUUAUUUGUAUGGUCUUCUUUGGGUUUUUCUCUGUCGUAGGAUUCAUCAUUCCUGCCAUCUAUUUAAUUCCUCAUGCUCAAAACAUUGGGAUUCCGGAUUUUCAAGCAGCUUUAUUGAUGUCUUACUGGUCAGCUGGGGAUCUCUUUGGGCGACUCGGGUGUGGUUGGCUAGCCAACUUACGCCUUAUGAAAUCAAUCCGUCUUACAACAAUAAUGAUUACGAUUUUAAGCAUAGGUCUCAUGCUUUUUCCUGUAGCUAAGAGUUAUAUGCUGAUCAUCAUCUUCAGUUGUAUUUGUGGGUUCUUCUUCGGGACCAUGUUGGCCAUUAUUGUCACGGUCCUGACUGAUGUCAUGGGAGUUGAGAAACUGGACAAUUCCCUUGGGCUGAUUAUGUUCUUCAGGACAAUUGGGUGCCUUCUUGGACCACCGCUGGCAGGAUUUCUGGUGGACAUUACAGGAGCCUACAGCAUUGGGUUCUAUGUUGCUGGAGGGGGGCUGUUUAUUGCAGCUUGCUUUCUUGUCCUAGCUGACUACUGCUUGAGUCGUGAGCAGAGCUCCAGGCAAGAUACAGAGGAGAUGGUAAAGUUUACUUCUCAAAGCCAACCUCGGGAAGAAGCAGAGCAAGAGACGCUUGCAACCGACAGAAUGACAGAAAACCAAUGAAUAAAGUGUUCGAAUGAAGAUCUACUCGAUGUUUUGGGCUUCCCUUCAGAUGAAUCCCUCCAUUUGGGGAUCUCACUGGCUGGAGGCUGAGUGGGACAAUCCUUGUGCACAAAAGGAUGCAAGGUCAACUUGCUAUGAAAUAUAUCGAAACUCAGAUCACUACAGAGUGUCAAGGGUCUUCAGUGAGUUCCAGGCAGGCCAGUUUGAAGAUCAGCUGUCUUAUGAUUUCACUAAAUGCACAAUUAAAACAAAAUGUAAUUUAUUUAAA